AUGGCGGCCGUCCGGCGCGAGGGACCGAGUCACACUGACAGCUUGGGAGCUGUCAAAAUAGAGCGGUCGGGGUGUCCUGGCAUCUGUGGCCCGCAGGCCGCGACCACAUCAACCCUGUCUUUCUCAAGCUUCCGAAAUUCCUUCACUUCAAAUGUCAAUUACCUGAAAAGAAGAUUCAGCUCGGGCGAUCUGCAAUCCGAGUGCGAUGAAGGCGAAGUGGACCCCUACACUGGCCGCCCGGCCACCACCAGUCAGCCGAAGCCGCAGCCCCAACACCAGCGGCCCGUCUCCCAGGCUACUGGUGGCAGCAUCGGGAGCGCUUCCAGUGUAUCUUCGGGGACGGCGGGGGCUGCUGGGCCGGCGGGCCCGGCUCCACCGGGUAGCGACCUGUCCCUCAACCUGCGCGGCGGAUCACGAGGCACUUCAGCGCCCUCCUCUCCUGCCAAGUCCCGGGAGUCCUUACUGCAGCGCGUCCAGUCCCUUACCGGCGCUGCUAGAGACCAGGGCGCCAACUUGUUAGGCAGUGUAACAUCAGUGGCGUCGGUGGGUCGCGGCUACAACCGUGACCGCUGCGUCACGCUGCUUGUGGUGGAUGACCAGAAUACGGACUGGUCCAAGUACUUCCGCGGUCGCCGACUGCCUGGCGAGUGGGAUAUACGCGUCGAACAAGCGGAAUUCAAGGAGCUAUCUGUAACGGCCAACUCGGAUGGCGCCAACGUGUCUAUGUCGGUUUAUCGAAGUGGCACCAAAGUGACGCGAUGUUUUAAGCCGGACUUUGUGUUGGUGCGUCAGAACGUACGCGACGCAGGCGCAGACCACCGCGCUCUACUGCUUGGUCUCAAGUUCGGCGGCGUGCCUUCUAUCAAUAGCCUCAACUCUAUAUACCACUUCCAGGAUCGUCCAUGGGUGUUCGGUCACCUGCUCCAGCUGCAGCGUCGUCUCGGCAGAGAGAACUUCCCGUUGAUCGAGCAGACUUACUACCAUAACUACACCGAUAUGGUGACGGCGCCCAAGUUCCCGGUGGUGAUCAAAAUCGGGCACGCGCACAGCGGCGUGGCCAAGGUGAAAGUGGACUCUUUGGCCGACUUCCAGGACAUCGCGGGCGUAGUGGCAAUGCUGGGCACCUACUGCACUGUGGAGCCGUACAUCGACGCCAAAUACGACAUACAUAUACAAAAAAUUGGCACAAACUACAAAGCUUUCAUGCGCAAAUCUAUAUCCGGCAAUUGGAAAACUAAUCAGGGUUCAGCCAUGCUGGAAGCCAUUGGAAUGAACGACAGAUAUAAAAUGUGGAUAGACGAGGUGAGCGAGAUAUUUGGUGGACUAGAAGUGUGCGCGCUGGAGCUGGUGGUGGGCAAGGAUGGGCGCGAACACAUCAUUGAGCUGAACGACUCCGCCACCUCGUUCAUGGGCGACACGCAGGAGGAAGACCGGCGCCAUCUAGCGGAACUUGUGUUGCAACGCAUGCAGGCGGUGUGUCGUCCGGGUAUAACGAAGACAGCGUCUCGUAGUUCUGUGUCGGGCAGCGGUGCGGCGUCGCCGGAGGAGCGUGGUCCUGGUGCUGUGCCCGGCGGGCCGCCCAGCGCACCGCCGCCUGCGCCGCUUGCCAGCGGGGCCAGCAUCGAUCGCCCGCUGCCGCCCAUUCCUGCGGAGCCUGCGCAGCCGCCGCCGCCUCCCCUCGCAAGACGCGACUCACAAGCAUCUCAAUCAUCUACGGUAUCAUCAGCAUCGGCAGCUCCAAGUACAGCCAGCGGCAGCGCACAGGGCGCAGCUCCCCCAGCUUCGGGCUCUGCCGGCGGUCGCGGAGGCUUCGCACGCCAAGGCUCCCUCAGCGCAGCGCUUACUGAAGACGCCGAGGACACCAUGAAGAAUCUCAGAAAAACAUUUGCCGGCAUUUUCGGGGACAUGUAAACUGUAUCAAAAUCCAAGGAAAAUAAUCAUUGUUUAGUUUGAGGUCCGGACUACUAAUUUUUAACAGACAUUAAUUUCAAUAAAAUUAUAUUCUUUUCUCUUCAAUGAUAUUAAAUUUAAGUUUUCAACAUCUUGUGUAUUUAUAGUGAAAAGAAACACGUUUGGAAGUUUAGAAUACUUAAUUUUAUUUCAAUAUUUUUAAAGUCCGGUCCUGUUUCGUUCCAAAGUACACAAUACUGCAAUAAUAUACGUCCGUUGUCGUACAUUUUACAGUAUUCUCGGCACAAUAAUCGUUCAUUGUGUUUAAUUCAAAGUGUCAUAAUUACGAUAGAAUCCAACCGAGUACCAAAUUGAAUACUUAUUGCCUCAAAGAUUACCCUAAGAUAUAACAUCUAAAUGAUAAGUUUUUUUUUAAACUAUAACAAUACCGUUGAGACAACAAGAAAUAAUAAUAGUUUUAAUGUAAUGUAACAGUAGAUUUUUACAGUAAGUUUGUAAUAAAAAUUAAUCAACUGAGCUGCAUUGUGAUCGACCUGUUCGGUACUCGGUGCCCUGCCGUGCCGUGCCGUACCGUGACGUGCGGUAUCGUGCCGUGUCGUGCCGCACCGCGACGAGCACCUAGUUUCUCUAUCACUGUCUCCAACUCUUGGACACGUUUCUUCAGCCGCCGUGACUUUGUAGAGUAACGGCGGCAACGCUAGCACAAUCUGUACCUUCAUUGUUAUGAAACAUAUUGUACGUUAGAAUCGUAUAAAUUAAAGUCUAUAUAUUUAUUAAUGCUGAUUGUAUUCCAGGUAAAUCUUACCUCAGUAUAUUGUUAAUCAUUAAAAUAGUAUUCGCGUGAUUUAUCGUUCAUUUUUUUUUUCGUUAAAAAAUUAAAAAAAUCCUAUUAUGUUGAAAUUAUUGCUUAAUUUAGUACACGUUAAAAACAUAUGUAUAAUCAUAUCAUAAUAUAAUUUUAAUGUAUACAGAUUAGGCCGAAAUUGAGACAUCUUAGUAAAAGGAUAAUAUCUGGAACUGAAAAUGAAAAAUGGUGAACAUCAAGUUGGGCCUACUUUAAAAUAGUUUAAUUUUCAUGAUUUUAAUGAGUUAAUGCAUAAUAUCACAACUCAAAAGGUAAUUUUAAGGUUAUUUACUAUUUAAAAAACCAAAGAGUGUAGAUCUCAUGAAAGAACACAUCGGUAGGUAAAUGGAAAUGGCGUGAGCAAUUUUAUAAUGGACAAUAUUGUUAGAAGCAAGAAUAAUCCACAUUUUAUAUAAUCUUAUAGUUAAUCUCGUAAUAUUAAGAACUAUUUAGAUUGUUAUUAUCAUGGUAUCAUUUUAAUAUCUUUUUUUUUUACUUUGUAUCUGCGUAAUAAACUGCUACAACACAAUAUGUAACACUUUCAAUAUCGUAAAUAUGACAAAU